AUUUAAUGAGCAUGAGAACACGACACGGUUAAUAAUGUUUGCGUUAACAACAUGCCUAAAAAAUCUCGUAUGCAAAUUGGGAAAUAUUUUCCCAGAAAAGAAUCAAUGCAAACUAUUCAGCAGGAGCGACAGUCUCUACGUAAAAUGUUAGAAGACAGAAACAUGUACCAAUCGCGAAUGCGAUUACAGGAGAUGCGUGAUAUAUGUUUAGCUGUGGAGAAAUCCGAACAUGAUUAUCGAACCAACGAGGAAAAUUAUCGAUAUUUGGACGAUUUCGAAACGAAUACUACAUCAUACAUGCUCGACGUCCAUAUGGAGAUUUUGCGUCAGCAAAAUUCCCUGCGAUCGUGGGAAGACCCAAACGAGAUGAAUGGAUUCCUUUCAAUGGCUGAAACAUGUCCCAGUGUGAUUCCGUCUCCCGAAUCUCUGCCACCAACACAAGAUGUGCCAUCAUUGUCUCCGCAGUCGUUGCUAGAUCUUGAAAUAUUACCCUAUCAAGUAAAAUCUUCAAAUAUGCCCGAUUGUGUCGACUUUACACCUCCUGCGCUUCCGGAGAUUGUGAGUGAUGAUGAAGACUAUUACUCUCCUUGUUUUCCGGGGCCGUGCUGCAGAAUUGAACAUAUUGUGAAAGUCGAGAUUCAUAGUGAGCCAAGCGAGCAGAUGCAAAAUUGCAGUCCACGGGAAUAUACUGCUCCGCUCAAAAAACCGCGCUUUUUUAGAGACCGGAUGUUUCCAUUAUCCCCAGAAUGGGACUCUAUUGGCGAGUUGGUCUAAGUUGUAUCCGAAAUUCCUAAUAGUUAAACUAUCUUUCAUUAAUCACGUUAGUAACGUCCUGGUCACAAACUUGAGUUGUAUUUCGUAAACAUAAUGUAGUUAUGAAUUUGAAUUGUUGCUUGUGUUAUUAAGGUCACUUUUUGAAAUGUCUUGAAAUUGGCUAAUAAAAUUGAAAAAAGUAA